CUCGUAAGUGUGUGUGAAGACCCUCCCUUCCAAAGCACUGCUUGAGAGUUGAGAUGACAAAGCCCUGGCUAUUGUUUCCUCACACCCUCCCUUCCAUUUUCUCUCACUUUCCCCUCAUUUUCGUUCUCUUUCCCGUCCAGAUAAACCAGUCCUAAACUCCUUGAUUUCUCCGCCAAUUUAUUUUCAGAAAAGCCUGUCCUUUGGUCCUCAAGUUUUCUCCUUUUCCGGAAUCGAUUCUUUAAUUUAUUGGCGAUUUUAGCUAAGAUUUUCAAUUUCUGUUUUAGACACUGGAGUUUUGCUUAGAUCUUUCGAUUAUUCAGUUCGGUGGAGGAUUAAAGUGAGAGUAAUUCAUCUUUCCCUUUUGCAUCAGCUCAAUUUCAGCUGGUCUGUGAGACUUUGCUUAGACUGGAGAUUGUGCAUUUCUUUAGCUGAGAUUGAAUUGAAGGGAAAUCAGGCAAAAAGAAAGAACCUUACCCGGGAAAGAAAACAUCAAAUUUGUGGGCUUUAAUUCUCAUUAGCUAUAGGCCAUUUCUCCAAAUGAUGGGAGGACAAUCGAGCAAAAUGAAUGAUGGCGGUGCUCCGAAAUCUCGAUCACCACCACCAGCACCACCAUUACCUCCUCUUGAACCCAACAUAAAUUCCAAGUAUUCUGCUGAUCUAAGCUCCUAUGAAGCUGCUUGUAGAUCUGAUCCAACCUUACAGACAUUUGAUGCUAUUCUCCUAGAGAGAACUAACCGAGUAAUUGGAACUUUGGCAACUGGGGUUGAGGUUAGGUCAUUGUCAUUCAAUUCACUCAAAGAAAUCACUGAUUGCCUGCUUGAGAUGAACCAGGAAGUGGUCAAGGUCAUUCUAGAAAACAAGAAGGAUAUAUGGAACAACAAGGACAUGUUUUCCCUUGUGGAGCAAUACUUUGAAAACAGCAUCCUAACUUUGGACUUCUGUACUGCGCUUGAGAGAUGUCUCAAGCGCGCUACUGGUAAUCAGCUGGUAGUUCGAGCUGCGGUCAACCGGUUUAAGGAAGAGCUAGAAGGCAGCGAGGCUAAUGGGGGUACUUUUGAGAAGACAUUGCACGAAUUGGCAAAGUUUAAGGCGGCUGGUGACCCGUUCACUGAUGAGUUCUUUGUGUUGUUUCAGUCUGUUCUUAAUCAGCAGUAUGUGAUGUUGGAGAAGUUGCAAACUCGAAAGAGGAAGCUUGAUAAGAAAUUGAAAUCUGUCAAGACGUGGAGAAAGGUGUCGAAUGUUAUUUUUGUGGCAGCUUUUGUGUCUCUGCUGAUUUUCUCCGUAGUAGCGGCUGCCAUUGCUGCGCCGCCUGUCGUCACAGCUUUGCUGGGUGCCUUAGCUGUUCCAAUAGGUUCGGUGGGGAAAUGGUGUAAUUCUUUUUGGAAUCGCUAUGGGAAUACGGUAAGAGGGCAGAGGGAGAUAAUCAGCUCAAUGCAGGUUGGGACUUAUGUUACACUCAAGGACUUGGAAAGCAUUAAGGCACUUGUCAACAAACUAGAAAUCGAGGUUGAGUCAUUGUUGCAUAAUGCUCAAUUUGCCCUUAUGGAAGAUGGGGCUCUGAAGAUAGUCAUGGAAGAGAUCAAGAAAAAGCUGGAAGCGUUUACAGAAACAACUGAAAGCUUAAGUCGACAGAAUGAAAAGUGUGUUCAAGAAAUAACAAUGGCAAGGAAGGUGAUUAUAAAGAGAAUAAUUAAGCAUCCGUCAAGCUGAAUGGCCAUGUUGUGAUUGAUUGUUGUCUUGAUGAAGGUGGAGUUUUGCAAAUCUUGUGCACCACCAAAGUAAAACUAUCACCUUGUGUCACUUGGUGAAGGGCUUUUAGUUUGAUCCUUCUUAAAGGCGAAAACUUGGAGCAUUGUUGUUGAGCAGGCUUAUAAUUUUGUGUAAUGAUAUCAGACAGUUUUUGACGAAAACUAAAAAUAAAGGAUUAGUUUUCCUGUUUUAACUUAAA